AUGGCAGACGAGCAAGUGGAAUUAGCGUCAAAAGAUGUUUUUGUUUUAUUGGGAGUCUCUGUUCCUGAAAAUUUAGAAAUUGGAACUAAACGGCAAGAACAAGGUGAUACAAAGGACGUUGAAAACGAGUCAGUAUUUACACUCGAUGAAGAUGACAAAGUGUAUUUUAUGAAUGUUGUCGAACCACUUGUGGUCGAUGUCACACCACCGGAUGAUUUGGACAACAGUUCUACUGACAGUUUCACUCAAACUGAAAUCGAAGAACAACGAUGGUAUAAUCCAACAUUGAACACAGGACUAGAAAAAUCUGAUUUUGAAACCUUAAAAAGACUGUUAGCAGAAAUUAAGAAUACUGACCCGACAAAAACUUUAGCUGCAUUGAUCAAACUUAAAAUGGAAAAAAUAUUAGAGGGACCAUAUCAAAACAUGUUUAUUGCUUUAAACGGCUUCAAAGUGCUGAUUAAUAUACUGGAAUGUAACAACGAAGAUUGCAUGGAAAACGCUUUGAUCAUUGUACACGAAAUGUCCCAACAUUAUGGAAUCCAAUGUUCGUUAUGUAAAUUGGAUGCAGUAAAACCAUUAAUUAAUAUUUUGUUAUUUAUAAACAACUACAACGUCAAAUAUUUAGCUUCGGAAACGUUACAGAAUAUUGCCAAGCUAAGGAAAGGCAGAAAGCUUAUCCGCCUAAGUGGCGGGAUUAAGAUUAUAGUGCAAAUGAUGAACGUAUCAAAAUACGUAUUACCCAUGCAUUUAAAUAAUAUGAAUGAAACAAAUCGAGCCACAGUGGGUUUGAUGAACUGUUGUUCCGGUAUCCUUAGACAACUGUGCCGGUCUUUAAAAAGUCAAGAAGAGUUGUGGGAAACUGGGUUCGUGCAAUUGCUAUCUCAACUUUUGAAUUCGGUACAUAGCGAAACUCAAAUAUCCAUAAUGAGUUUAGUCGCGGAAUGUUGCCGUACGCGACCAGAAGUCGUUCAACAAAAGACAAAUAUAAACAUUAGAGUAUUACUAAAAGAGCUGAACAUUUUGCAGCAAAUCAUACAGUUUUUGGUUAGUGAUAUUACGCAACUUGCGGAAAAAGCAGCCGAAACGAUACUGUGCAUGUUUGACGACAGUCUUGCAAUAUACGACAUACUGCUGAAAUACAGGGGGAUGGAAACUAUAUUCAAAGCUAUGCAAAAAUUCCAGAAUGAGGAUCACGUUAUGGUGUUAGUUAUCACUCUGUUGUGGAAGAGUUCGUUGCAUACAAAAUGCAGACAAGUUAUCGAGAAAGAUCCCAUUGUAGAUUUUCUACUGGGAUUAUUAACAUACAAAUUCGAUGACCGAGUGAUCGGCUACGCUGUCGCCACCCUGUCCGAACUGUGGAAAUCUGAAUCGUUGCGGGGCAAGCUUAGACGAUUAGCCGUGCCCCAGUAUCUGGAACUACUAAAUACUAGCCUGCACAGCUUAGUGUUGGCGCACGUAUGCACCGCUCUGGGCCGAGCAUCUAGUGACCCACAAAGUAUGGAAAUAAUCGAUGAAGCCAAAGGAUUUCGAUUGAUUUUCGUGCUAUUGCCGUCCCUGGACGUGGACGAGUUCGAUAAAUACGAGGACUUUUACGAACCGCAAACGAUCAUCGCCGUUGCCGAAUGUCUGGCCAUGAUAGUUGAAAACACAAAAUUCAACCUGAACCCUCUAAAAGGAAUGUAUGAGGCUGUCUGCGAUUUGGUAGAUUUACUAACACAUAAGAAUUUGGACUUCUUAGCGGCGGUUUGUCAUUUGAUUGACGUGAUCGCUACAUUCGAAGAGAAUUUAAAAAUAAUGGUUGAUGCAGGAAUCGUUGAACAUUUAUCAAAUCUUGUAUAUACGGAGCAUACAAAUUUGAGAGCCAAUCUUUGCAAAGCUUUGGGUAAAUGCUGCAAAAUUGGUGUUACAGCGCGUAGAUUCAGCUGCCAAAAUAUUAUUGAUGAAUUAAUUAAGUACACGCAAUCAGAACACACAGUAAUUAGAGAAAACGUUCCUCUUGCGCUUAGUGGGCUAUCGGAAGAUCCAUUAAAUUGUGUAAGGAUUGAGGCUCUCGGGUUUCUACCGUUUUUGAAAGAAUGUAUACAUUCGGAUAAUCCUAAAACGGCCAUGGCUGCUGUUAACUGUUUGAGCAACGUAAGGAAAGCAAGUGCAGCUAUAGGCCAGUUUCAAGAAUGUUCAAAGAAACGUUGA